ACUCUCGAAAAACUAGAUCUGGAUUUCUUUCAGUUAUUUUCCGCGAUUUGUAUAAACGAAGACGAUGUUCAUCGAAAUCCGAAUUUCCAAUUAUCAUUUGCUUGAAGAGAUUUCGUAUACGGUUGCGUUUUCUUCUUCGCGAGAUUUAUACUUGUGCCGUUACAGAUGCAGAAACUUCCGAUCUCUCGAGCUUCCUUCUCAAUUGAUGAUAACUCGAAUCCUUUUUUCGCGAUUGCAGAACAGAACCGCCGGAAUCUCACCGAGAACCAUGGAAAACGAAAUCGCGCCGUAUACCUACAGCGGCAGCUCCGCCGGCGUCGUAGGAAUCAUGAAACCCCAAGGAGAACCGUCCGGCGUCGGCGUCGCUCCGCCUUCUCUCUUAUGCGACCAGCUCUACAAAUCCAGCCGCAACGUCAUGCAGCAGCGCCAAGACAUGGUGAAUCGCGAGGCGUUGUGUUACACGCGCCUCCACGAGGCCUCGCUUGAAGCCGAAGUGCUCCGUCUAGAGAACGCCCAGCUCCGAUCGAUGAAUCGUCACCUCAAGACUGAGCUUGACCAGCUGAUCCGAUCCUCUAUCCAGAACCGCCUCAAUCACGACAGGGUUCCGCUUCGGAUGCUUAGCAACCUCUCGAUCGGAGGGAAUCACGACGCCAACGGAGCGGAGAAUCAGAACCGUGCGCCGAUUCGAGAUGAAGUCAGCGAGGAGAGUCCGACGAGUGUGAUUGAGAACGAGGACGUGAACCGUUCUUCGCUACCAAAGAGCAUCUCCGUGAGGUCGAGCGGUUACUCUAAGUCGAGCCAAGGAGGUGGUGCUGCUCAAUGUGGGAAAUCUCGUGGAACUUUACCUAAGCCUGGAACUUGCGGUCAACAACUCACUACGACGCAAAAGGUAUAUGUGCGAGGAGGGAAGAAAGAAGAAGAGGAAGAAAUAGAAGUGGAGGUGUACAAUCAAGGGAUGACAAAGACAGAGCUAUGCAACAAGUGGCAAGAGACAGGGACAUGCCCAUAUGGUGACCAUUGCCAAUUCGCUCACGGCAUUAAAGAACUCCGCCCAGUGAUCCGCCAUCCUCGUUACAAGACUGAGGUUUGCAGAAUGGUUCUUGCCGGUGAUGCCUGUCCUUACGGCCACCGUUGCCACUUCCGCCACUCUCUAUCUGAGCAAGAGAAGCUCAUGGCUGCUGGUUUCAAACCCAAGUCCUCCUUCAAGGUGCUUAAAUGACCUGACCCAAAGGUAAAUAUCAAACAAAGGUUUGAAUCAUAUACCUACCUAUAAUUGAACAGUACUAUACCCACGUACAGAGAUAUUCAUAGCUACUAUUCAAAUGCUUUGGCAAAUAGCUUUUCGUAAAGAGUGAAUAAUGUUGCAUUCGUAAUAGAAACUCUCUGGAGACAAAUGGCUGUUUGACAUUUUCUCUCCACUAUACUGAGGAACAUUUGCUGGUUAUUCAGAUGAUCAAUGUUUUGUUAAUACAUAGAAGAUUUUAAGCCUUUUGGAUGCGUUUGUAAUAUUGAAAAAGCUUCAACAAUGUGCGCAAAAACAGAGGAAGGUUA